AUUUAUUUUUUAUGUGAAUAGACUCUUAGUGUCCACUAGGAGGCUUGAAUAACAAGGUAUUUGUCUGGACGCAACAUUUAUGGAGUAAACUGUAAAAUAUAGAUAAAACGAUGCUUUAAAGAACACGAAUCGUUGCUGUCGGAGAAAUCGGCGUUUGAUGGGUGAGACUGGAGUCGAUAUGCUCAUAUAAACUUUGCAAACUUCUGUAAAAAUGACGGAAAAACAAACCAACACUUGGACGAGCUAAGCUAACGUUAAGCUAAGCUAAGACGGGCUCGGGCUGGCCGUAUUAUUUCGUCUGGCCAUUUGUGUUUGUAUUUAAAAAAAAAAAAAAUAAUAAUAAUUAUACUUCAAUAGAUCAUUUUGUGCGUUUUAAACAGGGUAUCGCGAUUGAAAGGGAGUGACCAAGCGGUUUUCUUUUAAUCAUAAACAGUCCGUUAGCCGUCAUUAGCAUUUUAGCUAGGCUCCGUGCUGCGUGCUAAAACAUAAAUAAUCCAAACGUUGUCAGGAGCAUCAAAAAAAUCGCUUGUUAUGUAGUUAAGAUGCGCUUAUAGCACAUGUUUUCCCGUUUUAGUUAUAUAUUAUCAAUUACAUAUGGAGUUGGCAAACAUAAGCGCUGAUAGUGUCAGUUUUGGUGGGGGUGAUGGAACAGAUUUGGAGUGCGCCUCAAAACCCAGUGAGCUCUCUACCAAGACAGCAUUUUGGGUGACAAGGGCGUGUUCGAAGUUUCGAACCUAGUGAGCUAAGUUACCUAUAUAGACUGCAUUGUAGGCCAUAAUCAGUGGUCACAACAGAAUGUUAUUAAAACUUUUGAACACUCACGAUUCCCCAGUGUGCUGUCUAGGUAUGCAAUUUCUGAGUUUUUGAUAUACACCCUUAGACAUCGGUCUAAUCUGCAGCAGUAAGCAGCAACAAAACGCCUUAUUUUCUUUUUUUAAUGUACACAUCGCACUUUUUCCCCCUCAUGUUUUCUGAGAUACCCAAGAGGAAACACAUUUGAAAAGGUGGAUAUUUAGAUUAUCAACGAUCAACAGUCACCUCUCUUUCGGCCAAUCUAGUGUGCAUCUAUGAACUCCAAACCGCCCACUUCUGCUGUCAGUAGCCCUGUCAGCUCCCUAGAUUCACCACUGUCAGUCGUCAGCUCGUCCAUCGGCUCUCCUGGCGUUCCAGGCACGCCAUCCAUUGGCUAUGGACCCAUCAGCUACUCUCAGAUAAACUCGUCAAUGUCUGUGUCUGGGUUACAUGCUGUCAGCAGCUCUGAUGAUGUGAAACCCCCUUUUGGCUUGAAGUCUGUCAGUGGCUCUGGGCCAAUGCUGUCCCAGAAACGCAUGUGCGCCAUUUGUGGGGACCGUUCCUCUGGGAAGCAUUAUGGUGUGUACAGCUGCGAAGGCUGUAAGGGUUUCUUCAAGCGCACAGUCAGGAAGGACCUGAGCUAUACCUGCAGGGACAACAAGGAGUGUCUGGUCGAUAAACGACAGCGCAAUCGCUGCCAGUACUGCCGCUAUCAGAAGUGCCUGGCCAUGGGAAUGAAAAGAGAGGCUGUUCAGGAAGAGCGUCAAAAGAAUAGGGAACGGGAUGGAGACUAUGAAUGCAGCAGUUCGGCCAAUGAGGAGAUGCCUGUGGAGAAGAUAUUGGAGGCUGAGACAGCUGUAGAGCACAGAUCAGACUUGCACUCUGAUGCCACUGGUUCACCCAAUGAUCCAGUCACUAACAUCUGCCAGGCUGCAGACAAACAGCUGUUCACUCUGGUGGAGUGGGCCAAGAGAAUCCCUCACUUCUCUGAGCUGCCCCUGGAUGACCAAGUCAUUCUGCUUAGGGCUGGAUGGAAUGAGCUCUUGAUUGCUGCCUUCUCUCAUCACUCCAUCAGCGUGAAGGAUGAGAUUCUGUUGGCCACAGGUCUACAUGUGCCCACAGACAGCACUCACAACUUGGGCGUAGAGGCCUUUUUUGACAGGGAAAGUGCACACAGUGCAGAGGUGGGAGCCUUAUUUGACAGGGUGCUGACUGAACUGGUCUAUAAGAUGCGUGAUAUGCAAAUGGACAAAACUGAACUUGGUUGUCUGCGUGCCAUAGUUCUAUUUAACCCAGAUGCCAAAGGUCUGACUACCAGCAGUGAGGUGGAGCUUCUCAGAGAGAAAGUGUAUGCGUCCCUUGAGACCUACUGCAAACAAAAAUACCCAGAUCAGCAGGGGAGGUUUGCCAAGCUUCUCCUCCGACUUCCUGCAUUGCGUUCCAUUGGCCUUAAGUGUCUGGAGCACCUUUUCUUCUUUAAACUGAUUGGAGACACCCCCAUUGACACUUUCCUAAUGGAGAUGCUGGAGUCGCCCCACUAGCUGCGGCAGAGGACAAAUGGGAGACGGGGGUUUUCUACCCUAGGUCCUGGAGAUAACUGUGACUGCACUUUUUCUUCCCAGGGGAAUUACAACAAUUGGUCAGCCUCUGGUCUGUAUUUUUUUUUUUACUUUUCUUUUUCUCUUGACUAUCUCUUAAGUGCACCAUAGAGUCUAGAGACCCAAAACUUGCCAUGAAAAAUUGUUGGUGCUACAUUUCAACAGUAAGCUAAU